AUGCAGAUGCGAUUGACCACCGCGCCAGUGCUAACACCACCAGAUAGAGGUGAUACCUAUGAUAAUGGGAAGGUCAUUGCGUAUGAAUCAAGGCAGUUGAAACCUUAUGAAGCUAAUUACCCUGCCCAUGAUUUAGAGCUAGCGGCCAUAGUGUUUGUAUUAAAGAUAUGGAGACACUACAUAUGCUUGGGUAGAAGAAAAAAAGAGAGGAAACAAUCCAAGAUAGUCAAAUCCGUCAUACUGAAGAGAGAAUUUCAUAUCACAGAUGAAACUAAGAAAGAAGUUGUCUUAAAGAGUUGUGAUACGCGGUGGAGGGAAUUCAAAUCAAGAUUGGCGACUGGUUGGAUCCAUGAAACAAGAAAAAGGCGAAAAGAUGAACGGAUGCCAUAUGAUUUGAAACAAGAUGAAGGGGAAUUUGUUCCCAAAAGUGCACGAGAUGAUGUCUUAUCUCGUGCACUUGGUAAGACUAAAGAAGGGAGAUCGCUAACAUUUGGUGGUGGAGUAGGCAUCAAAGCUGUGUGGGGGACCGGAGAGCGGCGUAGCUUUCAACGGUAUGGAGAUGCGGAGAUGGAGGAAAUGGAAGCAAGAGUGACCAAAAGGGUCAAAGAUGAGACAAUACAAGAGAUGAACUCCAAGAUGGAUGCCAUGGUUAUGGAGAAAUUUAUCACAUUUGCUAAAGAACUUGGUGUCCAAAUACCAAGCCAGAUGAGGAUAGACGCAAAUGUUCAUAGUAGUUGUCGUUCUGGGGGUUUAGAUCCUUUUGCCGACAUUACGGAACCUGUCCCGUGCCAUCUAUACCUGAACAUAGGCUCCGAGAAAGUCUUUGUUGCCUAUGGUACCAUAUGUCCAGAGUUGAUCCUUGAUCACCACAACGACGUCACUUCCGAUAACGUGAAAGUGAGCGUUGAUGAUUUUGAGCCCGCGUACAAAGAAGCUCCCGUCCCCGUGCCUUCUCAAUAUAUUAAGAAACUUGCUCAAGCUCAUGGUACCUUCACUCAGUGGCCAAAGCAUUUGGUGUCGCUUACGAAUGAGGAGGUAAACAAGCCUACAAGUAAAGAGCCUAAAGGGAAAGGGAACAAAGGGAAAGAGAUAGUGCUUGGGAGAAAAGGGGAGCGCGUUAAGGUGCAAGGCACUAAAAGGACAUUCAAUAUGGAAAAAGACUUUGAAAUUAGUGUCACCGUUGAAGACACCGAUCAACUUCUCUCGGGAGCAUGGCUAAAUAUAUCGACAAUACAAGUUUUUGUUAUGUGA